UUAUCGUCAUGGUCAUCGUCAUUCCCACUUGUCGCGAUAUGCUAUCCCCUCUCCUAUGAUAGUUUUUAUAUCUAUAAUCUCGAAAACACGUAAAAGAUUCGUAUAUGACGAAGUCUCGAUAUUUCACGGGUGACUUGCCGCGAACAUAGGUUUUAAUACAUUCUAUCCAUUCAUGCGCUUACCUAGAAUAAAUCAAUUUGCAACAUUUUCGACAUCGUUACAAAAAUAUUCGCAAUCGAAAAUGGAUAAUAGCAUGCUAUGUUCCACUAGUAUUCAUUCUGACGCAAACGCCGAGGUUCAUGACGUACCGAUGAGCGUACUCAUUCGACCUAUUCCUCCGAUCGUCGAUGAAGGAAAGGUUCAGAGUAUAGCGAACACUCUGAGCGAUCCUGAUACGGAAUCACUCGUACCGCCCAUUGACGUUUUAUGGAUCAAAGGCAGUGAGGGAGGUGAUUAUUAUUAUUCUUUCGGUGGAUGCCACCGAUAUGCGGCUCAUCAGAGGCUCGGAAGGCCAUUUAUAAAAGCUAAACUAGUACGAUCUACGAUAACAGACUUGAGAUCUUACUUGGGCGGUUCUACCCCAGAUUUAAAAUAAUAAUUCAUUAAUUAGCGAUUCUGUAGCGGAUAUUAAAACUGUUCUUUAUUUUCAAAUUGUAAGUAUGUACGUGAAAAAAAUUCAAGGUCGUACUACAUUUAUAUAAAAUUGUUUUUUAAACUAAGUAAAGGAUUGCAUAUGUGCAUGUAUGUUAUAUUUUUAUACAUACUAAGUUAGAGUACCAAAUUUUCACAGAAAAUUCAAACAGUGCGCUACGACUCGCUUAUAGAAUAUCAUUAAAUAAUAUGUACAAAUGUUUUAUAAUAUCCAAAUAUAAAUAACGUACAUUAUCA